CAGUACUUAUAGCGGCGGGCGCGGAGCGCGCGGCGUUCCUCCCGCUGGCCCCGGCCGCGGCGCGCUCCAGUGCCCCCAGCGACGGCGCCAUGGAGCGGCCGGCGCCCCUGGCCGUGCUGCCCUUCUCGGACCCCGCGCACGCGCUGAGCCUGCUGCGCGGCCUGAGCCAGCUCCGCGCCGAGCGCAAGUUCCUGGACGUGACGCUGGAGGCGGCGGGCGGGCGCGACUUCCCCGCGCACCGCGCGGUGCUGGCGGCCGCCAGCCCCUACUUCCGCGCCAUGUUCGCGGGACAGCUGCGAGAGAGCCGCGCCGAGCGGGUGCGCCUGCACGGCGUGCCGCCCGACAUGCUGCAGCUGCUGCUGGACUUCAGCUACACGGGCCGCGUGGCGGUGAGCGGCGACAACGCCGAGCCGCUGCUGCGAGCCGCCGACCUGCUGCAGUUCCCGGCGGUGAAGGAGGCGUGCGGCGCCUUCCUGCAGCAGCAGCUCGACCUGGCCAACUGCCUGGACAUGCAGGACUUCGCCGAGGCCUUCAGCUGCGCGGGGCUGGCGAGCGCGGCGCAGCGCUUCAUCCUGCGCCACGUGGGCGAGCUGGGCCCCGAGCAGCUGGAGCGCCUGCCGCUGGCGCGCCUGCUGCGCUACCUGCACGACGACGGGCUGUGCGUGCCCAAGGAGGAGGCCGCCUACCAGCUGGCGCUGCGCUGGGUGCGCGCGGACCCGCCGCGCCGCGCCGCGCACUGGCCGCAGCUGCUCGAGGCUGUGCGCCUCCCCUUCGUGCGCCGCUUCUACCUGCUGGCGCACGUCGAGGCCGAGCCGCUGGUGGCGCGCUGCCCGCCCUGCCUGCGCCUGCUGCGCGAGGCACGCGACUUCCAAGCGGCGCGCUACGACCGCCACGACCGCGGGCCCUGCCCCCGCAUGCGCCCGCGCCCCUCCACCGGUCUCGCCGAGAUCCUCGUGCUCGUGGGCGGCUGCGACCAGGACUGCGACGAGUUGGUCACCGUCGACUGCUACAACCCGCAGACGGGCCAGUGGCGCUACCUGGCCGAGUUCCCCGACCACCUGGGCGGGGGCUACAGCAUCGUGGCGCUGGGCAACGACAUCUACGUGACGGGUGGGUCUGACGGCUCCCGGCUCUAUGACUGCGUGUGGAGGUACAAUUCCAGCGUGAACGAGUGGACGGAGGUGGCGCCCAUGCUGAAGGCCCGCGAGUACCACAGCUCCUCCGUGCUGGACGGGCUGCUGUACGUGGUGGCCGCGGACAGCACGGAGCGCUAUGACCACACCGCGGACUCCUGGGAGGCCCUGCAGCCCAUGACCUACCCCAUGGACAACUGCUCCACCACCGCCUGCCGCGGCCGCGUCUACGCCAUCGGCUCCCUGGCCGGCGAGGAGACCAUGGUGAUGCAGUGCUACCACCCGGACACCGACCUGUGGUCGCUGGUGGACUGCGGCCAGCUCCCACCCUGGUCCUUCGCGCCCAAGACCGUGACUCUGAACGGACUUAUGUACUUCAUCAGGGACGAUUCUGCGGAGGUGGACGUGUAUAACCCCACAAAGAACGAAUGGGACAAGAUCCCAUCUAUGAAUCAGGUGCACGUGGGGGGCAGCCUGGCCGUCCUUGGAGGGAAGCUCUACGUCUCAGGUGGUUACGACAAUACGUUUGAACUCUCUGACGUGGUGGAGGCCUAUGACCCAGAGACUCGGGCCUGGAGUGUCGUGGGACGGCUCCCAGAGCCCACCUUCUGGCAUGGCAGCGUCAGCAUCUUCCGCCAGUUCAUGCCCCAGAUGCCCUCGGGCGGGCGCGGCUUUGAACUGGCCAGUGGCAGCAGCGACCUGGAUGUGGCCCGGCCCCGGCUGCCGCAGAGCCCCGGCCAGCUGCACUAGCCCCGGCCCGGCCCGGGGAGGGCCUCGGUGCAGGUGACACGGCACGUCUGCGGGGGCGGUGAGCCCCUCCUCCGUGCACCAGGACAGGCUGGGCUCGGCAGGUGGAGCCUGGGCUCGGGCUGCUGAGUGAGCCUCAGGCUCUGAGCCCAGGAGAGUUUCUGUCCUUGUGGAGCCUGACUCACAGCUGCUGGGACCACAGCCCGUUGCAGACACCCCUCCCUCGGUCCAGGAAGAGCGGCCUCCGUGCCAGCCCAGGUCUCUGGCUCCAGCAGGUGACCCCUCCUGCUGCCCCUGCCUACGCCUCCUUGCUCCCACCUCAGAGAGGAGGGCUACCUGUGGGUCUCAGUCCUCCUUUGAGAGUCUCGGAGUGGUCCGGGCUGGCCUUCCCAGGCCAGUGUGGAACAUCGGGAAGCAGGCCGACGAUGGCUGCAGCAGGUCCCAAACUCCACGUCCAGUGCCGGACAUCCCAGCGGGCCAGCUUCCCGGACAGAGGGGAUCUGCCUGCCUGGCUCCUCCCCCCUGCUGGGGUGUCACACUGAAACACUGGGGUGAUCCCAGCGAUGCAGCCCAGUGGGACCGGACAGGAGUGCGGCCUUGAAGAGGGCCCCGAGGGACGUGCUGAGUAAAUCCUAUCUCCAAUGAACCUGGGCUGAAGCAAACGCUGGGUGUCCCCAUCCGCCCACCCCUCCAGCUGGCCUAUUGCCACCUGCUUGGAGACCUCUCCGGGACUGUCCUCCCAGGUGGAUGCAGGAGAGCGCAAAAGCCCACAGGUGCCAGGUGGUAGCUUCUUCCUGGAAGGCCCGGGAGUUUGUCAUGGAAGCCCAGCCAGGCAGAUGGCUGCAGGUGCCCUCGCCCUCCCAUGGGGGCAAAGGAUCUUGCUGCUUCCAAAGGAAGCCCUGGGCAGGGCAGCCCCCACAGUUGGCUGCAAGGUUUGAAAUGCAGUUUGGCCCUUCCUUGGAAGAAGGGGGAGGCGGGGAGGGAGGCAGCGAAAAACAGAGUCCUGGAUUGAUUGCUUAAUGUCUUCCGGUGCCAUUUCUGCAGGACAGGGUGACGCCGCCCACUCCUCCAAAGCCUGGGGCUUCUCCAGGAGGGUGGCAGGAGGAGCUCCUGGGAAACUCCACAGCUCAGGGGCCCCUGGUUUUCUCUGCGGAGUGAGUGGUCUUGUCUUCCCCAGAUCCCCAAGUAACUUUUGGUUGGAUUUGUCUUUCUUCCAAAGAAGAGGAAGUUCCCAUCUCCCUCAUUAGAAACACAGAAAGCAAGUGUUCAUUGAGUUGCCUUUCCCAGUGAACUAAGUUGGAGAUGCGUUCUUACCAGGAGAAGAAAAACCUUCUAGCACUAUCCCUCCAUAAGCAGCCCUGAAACACUUAUUGGCCAGAGGGCACGGGUGGCUCUGGGGAGGAAGUCUUAUGGCCUCAAGAGUCAUAGGCUGGGCUCCCCACCUCAUGCCCUCAUGGUCAGGUUAGACUCCUUGCUCCGGAACCCCCCGCUGGAGCAGCUCCCGCUCACAGCCAUCCCCUCCCAUCCCCUCGGGCGUCCCCCACCCGGUCACCUCCGCACAUCCGCUGUGCCUGGCACUGUGGGAAGACGGGGUGGUGGGCCUGCCUGGGACUCCCCUGCUGGGCAGGCCUAGGGCUGUGGGAUCCCUUGGGCCUGGGCUUCUUCAUGCCCAGGUCUCACCUUCAGCCCUCCUCGUAGGAGUGUUGUCGUCCCCCGGGUGGUGGUCUGACUCCACGCUCCCCGGGCUGGGGAUGCCUGUCUCUGGCUCGGUGCCUUCCCAGCAGCCUAAGCCCCCGGAGGUCGCCCGUGCUCUGUGAGGCUGCCCAGGCAGGAUGGCUUGUCUCCUGGCAGCAGCAGGGGGAGGCCAGGGCUGCACCACUCGGGACUGAUGGGGCCCUGUGCCAGCCGCUGGGGCCUGCCCACUUGGUGAGGGGACAUGUCACACAGGUAGAUGUGGCAGCUGCUGCCCGGUCAUCUGCAGAGCGCCCUCCCAGAGGAAGAACGCAGGCCUGGACCUCGUGGGCGCGCUCUGUGAGGGCAGGUGGACACGUGCCAUGGUUGCUGGAACUCUCCCGGCCUCCCACCAGCGGGGCUGGGCUCAGUCAAGGUCAAGGAUUUCCCGCGGUCGGUGACUUACAGGGAGAGGUCUCCUGUAACGCAUUUUUGUUGGGACGGGGCACUGCAGACACCUUCUUGUUUUUCUUACAAAAGCAGCUUUUGUGGGCCGCACAGCAGGCGCGGUCAGUGCUGAGCGCUGGUGCCCACUCAGGCCUUUGUGUGGCCUCCCCCGCAGAAGCUCCCUCACGGCGGGGGCCCCGCGUCCUGGUUCCUACUCCUUCUGGGACUUCACUGCGACUAGCUACCACGUGACUGACCGCCCCCGUGUCUGGCGGCCACGCAGGUGGCGGCUGGUGGCUCUGCGCUCACUCUCGACUUCGCGGGUCCCCCCCACCCAGACCCCGGCUUUGGUUUGGAACACCAGGGGCAGGAAGGGGAGACGGCAGCCUCAGCAGCAGCAGGUUCCUGCAGACCCCAGCUGGGGGCCUGGGCUCAGGACGGCCCUCCCUCGCCCCCCCUGCUCCCCCUGGCAGGGCCCUUGGUGCUGAGGCCUCCACCACUUGGGGAUGUCUGCACACUGACUGGGCUCAGAGGUGGGCCAGCUGGGGGUGGGGCCGUCUGUGUGUUGGAUGUACAGAACUUUCGGUCUGUGAGACAAAUUAAGUUAUGAAAAUUCAGUGACUUGUAUUUAAUGCUGAUUUGCUAUAAAGUAUUCUAUAUUUAUAUGAUUUGCGAGACUCUUGUGUACUAAAGGACAUGCCCCUUUCGGUGUCCAACAUCUAGUUCCAACCCCAGAGGGUGGGGCAGAUUUGUCUAUUUAUUUGUUCUAUAGGCCUAGGUGUCCGGAAUCCUGUUUAAGAUUUUAAGAUGCCUUCAAUAUAUACUUUUUGAAAUAAACCAUUUCCUAUA